AUGCCGCAGAUGCGCAGCAGGAUUCCUCGUUUGGCAGCUUUCUGGCUAAUGCUUGCGGCCUUGCUUCACUGCAGGUUUCCGCUGUUCACUUUUCGCUGGCCGGGGCCAAAGCCACAAUGGCGUGUUUCUGCACAUCAGAAGUGCGCAGGCCGAAAUGCCCGCAGUGCAGCCCACAUUGCCUUGGCCAAAGCAGCCAGACAGACAGAAGAGGUUGCCAUAGAUCCCACCGCAUACCGGGAAAAUCGGAUCAAACAGUUGAAAGAGACUGGUGUGGAAGCCUACCCGCACAUGUGGGAAGUCAACACCUCGUUGGCAAAAUUGAUCGCUGACUAUUCCGACCUGGAAGAUGGUGCUCGGGUGGAUGAGGUGGAGGUCAGGAUAGCUGGCCGUGUGAAGAGUCUGCGAUCCUCCGGGGCAAAAUUGAAGUUCUAUGACCUUUCCGAAGGUGAAGACCGAAUCCAGGUGAUGUGCAGCCCUCAAAUGCAUGCGGGAGAAGACUUCAAGGAAGUUCAUGCAAACAUUCAUCGUGGAGACAUCAUUGGCGUCCGCGGAGUGAUUGGGAAAUCCAAACGCGGAGAACUUUCAGUUUUUCCUCGAGAAGUGAAACUGCUUUCGCCAUGUUUGCACAUGUUGCCCAAAGACUAUUCAGGUUUGAAAGAUCAGGAAACAAGAUAUCGCAAGAGAUAUUUGGAUUUGAUGAUCAACGAAGACGUGCGCAAAACCUUCCGGCUGAGAUCUGCAGUAACGAAUUACAUCAGGCGUUAUCUUCAGGAAAAAGGUUUCCUGGAAGUUGAGACGCCGAUGAUGAAUGCAAUCGCAGGGGGUGCCUCUGCCAAGCCCUUCAUUACCAGACACAAUGAGCUAGACAUGGAUUUGUACAUGCGAAUUGCUCCGGAGCUUUACCUGAAACAGCUUGUUAUUGGUGGCCUGGACCGUGUUUUCGAGAUAGGCCGCAAUUUUCGCAACGAGGGAAUCGACCUCACACACAACCCAGAGCCGCUAUGGCCGUGCCUUUGGCGAGUUCUGCAAAAGUGGUCAUUUCCGGAGAUUUCAAUCGUCGCGCAGCUUCGUUUCGCCUGA